UGGUAAAAAUUUACCAUUAUCGAGAAAUUAGCAGCAAAUUCCAUAGUUUUUAAUAUUCUUUUCAGGAUUCUGUGUUAACCAUCGUUUCUUUAUCGUAUUAAAUACAAAUUCAAUAAUCAUCCAUUUCAACGCAACGCAGCAGCAGCCACAGCAAAAUAACAGCGAUGAUGAAACAAGCUAAGGCAAGCCCGGUGCUGGUCUUGGCCCUGCUGGUGCUGGCAUCGGCGUCUCUGCUACUGGACGUCGCUACCGCCUUCUCGCUCGACUGCAGGAAAUUCGUGUUCGCUCCUCAGUGCCGCGGCAUCGUCGCCAAGAGGGCUGCCUGGGAGCGGGGGGUCAUGGCUCCCCCCGCUGACUACAUUUCCGCUGAGACUUUGCCGUCCCUGAAGCCGGCGCUGGAGGGGACGAUCAUAGACGUGGACGACGAUGCGGCGUACAAGACGUACGAGGGCCUCGAGGACCUCAGGACUGCUGACGAAGAGGACGACAUCGAGAACGAAGCCAGGGACGAAGCCAGGUUCUGGGCGAGCGCCAGAAAACAGAUGGCUCGUAUCAACCAACUCAGGCGGUUACAGAACGACAAAGAUGGCAGGCCGCAGAGAUAUGCACCUCACGUUGUCCGCACCCGCAGCACCAGCGGCCCCGUCCGCAAAACUGUCGUUCGUCCAUCGUCUUCCGGCGCCGCCAACAACUAAAUAAAUUACUUUACCUUUAUUCCAUGAACAAAGUAAAGAACACAUGCCUAUUGCAAAACUUUAUCUCAACAAAGUUGAUGAAAUGAGAUAAAAUUUGCUUAAAAUUUUAUUUAAAAUUUAAGAGGAAAGUUAAGUGAUCGUUUAGUGGAAACUAAGAAACAAAUAAAUCGUCACUCAUCGACUGGUUUGAAGUUAAGAUCAAAAAUAUAUCUUACGUAAUUAAUUUGAUUUCCUCGUUCUCUGUGGUUGAAUCAAGACUAUGUCUAGCAGAUCUUUUCCCGUAAAUAUAUUAAUUUGUGUUAUUUCAGCAAUAAUAUAUAAUUUAUUCUAUAUGAAUUUUUAGAGAUCUUUUCAGAACCUUUUUAAGUCUUGAUCAAAUUUCUAUGCCUAGUUAUUUGAAAGUCACAGAGGUCACAAAAUGUAAAAAGGCAGCGUGUGUCGUUUCAUCAAAUAUCUAGUGAACAGAAAAUUCAUUUUAAAAUAUAGUGAGUAAAAGUAAAAAACGCUGGCAAUAACGUUGACAUGGAUUUUAGAGGAAGCGGUUAAUUUGGUCAAUCGACAAGCUAAAUAGGGUAAACGUAUCCAAUUUUUAGUAAAAUGUAUAAGUUUGUUUCCAAAGCACGUACUAGAUAUUUCAACAGCCAAUAAAACAAUGUUCAGAGCAUUAUGAUGACUU